UCAGCCGGCUGGCUUUCUUGGCAUAGACUGGAAUCACUGGAUAUUCUUCGAGAACAUCUGCUGUCGGACAAACACCCCCACCGAGUCCGCCGCAGCUCGCAUGCUUCGAUAACACCCACACACCUGCGCUCGCGAACAGUGCACGACGCACGACCAUGUCCCAACCACUCCCGUCGAAGGAGCAGACGCUCUUUCGGCACCUGGUUCAGAACUAUGAAUCGAAGCAAUACAAGAAAGGCCUCAAGGCCGCCGAGCAGAUCCUCAAGAAGCAUCCGACCCAUGGCGACACGCAGGCAAUGAAGGCGCUGAUUCUGAACAAUCAGGCCAAGUCGGACGAGGCGUUUGAGCUGUGUAAGCUUGCGCUCAAAAACGCCAUGCGCUCGCACGUCUGCUGGCACGUCUACGGACUGCUAUGGAGGAGUGUGAAGAACUAUGAAGAGGCGAUCAAGGCAUACCGCUUUGCUCUCCGGCUGGAUCCUGAUAGUGUUCAGAUCCAGCGAGACUUGGCUCUGUUGCAAGUGCAGAUGCGAGACUACCCAGGCUUCGUCCAGAGCCGCAACCAGAUGCUUCAAGCAAAGCCAGGCUUCCGGCAGAAUUGGACCGCUUUGGCAGUAGCACUGCACCUGAACGGUGAAUUGGACAAAGCUGAGGAUGUGUUACAAAAGUACGAGGAGACUCUGAAACAACCUCCGCCAAAGAGCGACAUGGAACAUGCGGAAGCUCUGCUGUACAAAAACUCGAUCAUUGCCGAGCGCGGUGAGUAUCAACGGGCACUCGAGCAUCUCGAAUCAAUACAAAAGACGGCGUUGGACAGGACAGCGGUGAUGGAGGCCAAGGCAAGCUACCUGCUCAAGCUCGACCGAAGAGAGGACGCGGAGAAGGCCUACCGAGCGCUACUGCACCGAAAUGUCGAAAAGCGAGCAUACUAUCAGGGCCUCGAGAAGGCGCUGGCACUCGACCGAUCGAAGCCUGAGGACCAAGAGAAACUGCUCGCCGUCUACCAGAGCUUUGCGGACAAAAGCCCAAGGAUCGAUGCUGCACGACGAAUUCCAUUGGACUUCCUACAAGGGGAUAGCUUCCGACAACAUGCCGACGCCUAUCUGAGGAGAUCUUUUCAAAAGGGUGUCCCGAGUACUUUUGCAAACGUCAAGCAAUUAUAUGCUGAUGUGGAGAAGCGCAAUAUGAUCCAGACUCUCGUGGAGGGAUAUGCUCAAGAAGAGGUGCAAACAAAUGGCGGCGCUGAGCAGCAUGAGGCCAAUGGCAGUGUCAAUGGAACGUCAAAGUCUAGCCCUGCCGAUCGCGCUCGAAUGUGGUCACUGAGCGUCAACUACUUCCUCGCGCAGCAUUACAACUACCACUUGUCUCGCGACCUCACGAAAGCGCAACAGUAUAUCGACAAAGCCAUAUCGAUCAACACCCAAUCCAAUGACUACACGUACCAGAUGACUCGCGCGCGCAUACUGAAGAACCUGGGCGAUCGAGAAGCGGCUUCCAAGGCAAUGAACACAGCAAGGGAGAUGGAUCUCAGAGAUCGAUACAUCAAUACUAAAUGCGCAAAGUAUCAGCUCCGUAACGAUGAGAAUCAAGCCGCGAUCGAUACCAUGGGUCUAUUCACACGGAAGGAGGCUGUAGGCGGCCCUCUAGGCGAUCUCCUGGACAUGCAAUGCGUCUGGUACAUCACCGAAGAUGGAGAGUCUUAUCUCCGACAAGGCAAAUUGGCACUCGCACUCAAACGAUUCAAGGCUGUUUACGAUAUCUUCGAGGUGUGGAACGAGGACCAAUUCGAUUUCCACACGUUCUCGCUGCGGAAAGGCAUGAUCCGCUCAUAUGUAGAGAUGAUUCGGUGGGAGGACAAGCUACGUGAACAUCCCUUCUUCACACGCGCCGCCUUGUCUGCAAUCAAGAUCUAUUGCAUGUUAUUCGAUCGCCCAGAGUUGGCCAAGGGCGGCGAUCCGAACGGAACUGCCCAAUGCGAGGCGGACAGGAAAAAAGCAGCAAAGAAGGCGAAGAAGGAGGCGGAGAGAGCUGAAGCAGAGAAGAAAGCCGCCGCUGCGAAGAAACCAGUGCCCAAGGGCGAAGACGAGGAAGCGGCACGGAAGGAAGACAAGGACCCACAAGGCCUUGAGCUGCUCAAACAAGCCGGCGAGAAGCCACUGGAGGAGGCCAUGAAAUAUGUUACGCCUCUACUGGAACUUAGUCCGCAGAGCCUGGAUGCACAGUUGGCAGGGUUUGAGGUGUACAUUCGGAGACAGAAGUACCUUCCUGCUCUGAAAUGCCUGCUCGCCAUCCAAUCCGCUAAUCCCACACACCCACAAAAAGAAGAUCUGGCGAAGCGCCUGAAGACGGCAAUCGACCAGGCCGGAGAGCCGCUACCCAAGCCCGCUCGGCAGGCCAUGGAAGAGCUGUUCCUGAACGCUGCAUGAUGAUCAGGAACAUGCAGUGAACGUGUGAUCUGUACAGUAGAGCUCCUGAGAAAGCUCUGGAGGAGCCGCACCCGAUACGUGAUCUUUCUCGCCCAUUGACCGUGGUAGACGUCGAUUCGCGAUGGUCACGGAAGAUGAGAAAGCCACCGGACGGCAGAAGAGCAAAUCAGAAUAA